AUGGACAGCUCCAUGGAUAUAAUGGAAGAAACAAGAUUCAGAAAGAAAAAUCAAAAAAUGGCCGUGCGAAUAUCAGAGAAGUUGCAUUUUACUUUUGAAGAAGCAGAAUAUCUUUUGCUGAUCUAUUAUAAAUUGCAAAAAGAGAGCAAAGAAAUGGCCCAGGGAAUGGAUAAGACUCAGUUCCGAGAUGUAUUACACUGUGCCUUGGACAUGACUGACGAUUACUUAAUGGACAGAAUAUUUUAUACAUUAGAUAAGGGUCCUAGUCCAUUUAUGUCUAAGGAUAUUUGGGCAUCGAGUUUAUCUUUAUUUCUAAGAGGAACGAUAGAGGAAAAAAUGAGUUACUGUUUCACGGUAUACGAUACAAUGGGUGAAGGAGUAUUAGGAAGAGAAAGCAUGUUUAACCUAAUGAAGAACUCAUUUCCAACUGGCGAUGAAGAUGCUGAAGAAGCCGCAAAGGAUUUGGUAGAGGUGAUAACAAAGAAAAUGGAUUGUGACAGAGAUGGGAAAAUUUCAUUCAAUGAUUAUAAACAGUCAGUAUUAAAACAGCCAAUGCUACUGGAAGUGUUUGGACAAUGCUUACCUACUAGAAGGGAUGUCUACACAUUUUUGACAACAUUUGUAUCUAAAAUAAGUAAAAUGUAA